UCAGACGCGGAUCACGUGCCCCCGGCUCGCGGCGCACUACGGGACGAAGGUUUGGAAGAUGGCGGUUGGUGGAGACGGAGUGAAGAUCGCUAUCGAGGCGGAGCUGCUGCUCCUGCACCCGGAGCUCCUGUCCGGCCCUUUCAUCCUCCAACUGCUGCAGCAGAGGAACAUAGCAAUUGAGAGCCUGAAGGAUGCUGAGAAAGAUCGGAUUGUUGAAGUCUACAUUCAACAUGUUAUUCCACUACCCCAAAGGGAACUGCCCAAGAAUAGAUGGGGAAGAAUGAUGAGUGAAAAAAGAGGACAGCAAACUGGCUCUACCACACAGAGUAAAAGAUCAUUGAUGGACGGUUCAAGGAAAAGACCUCUAAUUGUGUUUGAUGGCAGUUCAACAAGUACAAAUAUAAAACUCAAAAAGAAUGAAAAUGGAAUGGGUGAUCAAAUGAAAGGGAUCAUGAACACCAGUACAAAAGAUAAACUCGCUCAAUCACCCCGAGACACACAAAUUCUGACUGAUAAUAAUGCAGUCAAAAGCCCAUCCAGUGCAACACCCAAUAACGGCACCACUACCAUGAAAUAUGAAGACAACAUGCCUUUGAAAACCUCACCAUUGCUUUCCUCAGCAUCCCCUGGAGGAACCAAUGUCAUAAAACUAAAGCGAGCAAUUGGAAAAGAUGGCGAGGGAGAUCCACCAGAGGAGCCAACAUCUCCAGGGCCAAAGAAAAAGAUUCAACAUAUUACCUGGCCAUGAACUCUCACAGUCUUGUAUUCCAGCAAGGGGGUUUCAUUCACGCAUAUUUGUAUUUGCGACUCCUGAUAACUUAGCACUGAGCCCUUUUUCCCAGAGUGACGAGUUAUCAGGAGUUUAUCUUUUGAUAUAGUUUGUUGAAAAUAAGAAUUGGAAGAACCAUCUGAGAUGUGAGGCACUCGAUAAACCAGAGUAAAUACAUGCAGUCUAUUCUAGUUAUGUAAUCUACCUGGUGGGGUAACAUCUUUCACAGAACAGAAUUUUACUGGAGCACAAUUGACAUAUUUUGUUAUGGCAAUGGGCUUUGAAAAUUGGUUUGUGUGUUGAGUAAAAGCAAUUCAGAUGUAUGUAGCCAUUUAACUAUUUUAGUAUAUCUGGUCCUUACCUGGAACUAAUUUUAGAAAUUAUGAGCUCAUAAUGCCACAUCAUCACAGAAGGAAGCACAGCUCUCUAGAGUGUUUAACCAGCCUGACGUUGAUGCUGUUAUUCAUCAACGUUGUUUACGUUGAUGCUGUUAUUCUGUCAUGUGAACCAUUCACUUUCUCCGACCUACACCAACAUAUGAUAGGCGAUUGUUUAUUAUGAAAAACCAACUGUACUGGAUAUCACCUUUGUUCCUAAUGUUUGGGAUUACUAAUGGAAACAUGUGCAUGACAAUGUGAAUAAAACCAGCAGGGUUAUAAAUUCAGAAAAUCAAAUGGGCCCUUAAACCCCAUAUUCAUAUCGAGAGUGAAUCUGUGACUAGUUUGUUCUCUCAUAUUAGUUUGACAACUGAAUAACUAUAAUGCAUACAAAGGAAAUUUAGAAAUAGCACCUAUGGAGUGAGCAGGUCUGACUAAGACCUGAACAACAGUUACAAGUGCACUGUCAUGAAUUACCCUUCUGAUAAAUAUGGUAUUGAGAAGGCGCCUGUCUUUUUUUUAAAUGUGCUGGUUGUGGUGAAGGAUUCUAGAGUUGGAAAAUGGAAGUUUUCCCAUUUUCAUCAGUGUCAGCUUCUAACACUUCUAGGUCAUGUAUAGCACAGCUCAAUGCAGGGAAGGAGAUCCCUUUCCUCUGCCCCUCCAGAGUGCCUUAAUCUCAACCCGAAAUGUGUAGCACUGCAUCAUCAAUGUAACAUUUUCAUCUUUGCUACCCCAGAUACCCAAUCUCAUUUUCAAGUUGUGUUAACCACUGGGUCUAAUUUGCACAUUGUGUAAACCAUGGGUGAAUGCAAGCGCUCAUAAAGGAGUACAAGUGCUAUUCAUUAUGUGGUUAACCAACUAAAAGGAAUCGAGAAUCAAUUUUAACCUUUCAUUUGUUGUUGAUUACAUAAUUAAGGGCACCUGCCAGUCAUUGUAUAACGGUUUGCACAUGGUUAACACAACCUACAUUUUACAUCACUGGGCCAAAUUAGAGACAGUUUUGUGCUGUAUACAAUACACACUCUUGCUAUAAAUGGACUAAAACGGCCUAAGAUGAUUUUUGAUAUGUUUAUUUCAUUCAGCAGAGAGGAGCCCUACAUUUCAGUAGUUGGCCUGGAAUUUAGCCCAGGUUCCAGAAGUGAAGCUACAGAGCUCUAUUCUUUUCUUUAAAUGUUCACAAGUUCUACAUGAUGCAGGUGAGUAGAUGUGAAUGAAAGGUUGAAAAGAUUAGCAGACAAACAAGAUCAGUGGAGAGAAGACAUGGUGAACUGGUUUUAUAUUGAGAUGCAGUAGGCAACGCAGUUAUAAAAUCAUAGAUAUCCUCACUAUUGCAUAGAAAGGAUAUGACCUUGGGAGGGUGAUGUUUGUGUUGGUACGCAAUAAUUUUUAGACCUAUGGAAAAGGUUACAAAAAAAGGCUAUUUAAGCAAAUUGUUUAAUUGGGUUUAUAAAACAACCAAAUAUGUUUCUGGGGAAUUGCAACAAUUUACAAGUGGGUUCAUUAUCCAACUUGGUUCCAUUAGUAAAUGAGCCUGCUGCAUUUUAAGUGUCUGUCAGUAUGGUGUGACCAUUCUACUAAUAAAAGCCUUGUAUUUUCACUUAA